AUGUCUGCCGAAGACCCAUUCAACAUGUAUAGCGAACCUGACCCCGUUACUCCUGCGAGCAAGAAGAAGGGGAGCAGGCAACAUCGUGGGGAAAGCAGCAGCAACCCUCCAACGAAAAAGGCUCAGACCGAGGAUCCUCCUAUACCAGUUCCUUCCAAGGAAACAACACCUCCUCCAGCUCCUGUUGACCAGACAUCUCCACCAGCUCCCGUCGACCAGACUCCUCCUCCAGCUCCCGCCGACCAGACACUUCCUGAUCAGAAAGGAAAAACUCUAGAAGAGGCCCUUAUGAACAUAGCUCUCAUCUCGGCCAAAGAUAGGGUGACGAAGCUAUCAAGGCAUCGACACAGUCGAGAAUCCAUCAGCGACACUGACUCCUUGGAAGUCGACCAGAUCUUCAGUCGCGCGCUGAACGAAGUGCUCAGUGGAGUUCUAACCAUGAGCACUGGUUGGCGCCGCUCGGAGGCAUUGAAUGCUAAGUAUGAGAAGAGGCUUGGCGAGCAGCUCAAAAUAGCUAAGGCUAAAUACGUCGAGGAGGCCUCUAAGCUUCAAGAUGAGCUGACUAUUAGCAGAAAAGAAAAUGACGAACUGGAGGAGAGAGUCAAAUUGCUCGAGGAGACUAACACCAAAGACUUGGAGAGGUUCAAGGGGGCCACUUUUAAAUGCUUUUAUAUGUUUUGGAAAAACAACCGCGAGGCAAACUUCGACUAUCUACCAAAGCAUAUGAGGCAGUUCGAACUGACCAGGUGCCUUGCUCGCCUUGAAGAGGAGGAGAAAGCUCAAGAAUCCCCUGAAAUCUCUUUGGCUACGGGCAUCGACGGUGUCGAUGAGGAAGCUGGGGCCUCUAUCGACCAACAGAUCCCACAAGAUCCUUCGGCUGCUCCAUAA